AUGGGGCAGUCGUGUUUUCGCACUCAUGACGUACAUGAAAAGAGUAGUCCCAGAGAACAUCAUACAACCUCUGCGUCAAGGCGGGAGAUUAAGUUGGCGACAGGGGGUGUAGAACUCUCUGAAAUUUCAAAGGUUGAUUCACAAACUCGACCUACUGGCACGUUUACAGAGGCGACAACGGUACGGUGCCACCCUUAUCUUAAAGGUGAUGCCGUUGAAAACCCUGAAGUGUUAAAUCUACUGUCAGUACAACCCAAAUCUAUGUCCCCAAAAUAUCGAGGCUUUCCGGGCAUCUUCAGGAAUGGCACUGCAGCAUUGUCGCUGCGUUCGUGUGAGGAGGCAAAUAUGCCCCACCAUUUCAUUGUGGGAGGUGAGGAUGGUAAUAUUGUUCUCGUUGACUAUGAGUCAGGAGAAACGGUUCGUCGAUGGUCUGGGGCUCACGGGCGCGAUGUGAAUUGUUUGACAAAGCCUCUUCAUAGUGGUAUCUUUGCUUCAGCUAGCCGAGACAAACUUGUUAAGGUUUGGAAUCUUCAAGGUGACCAGCCUCUGUGCGAGCUGCAAGGGCACACUGUAAAUGUGACAAGCGCCACUUUGAAUUUGGAUGGCACUUUUCUUGUUUCAGGAAGUCGCGACAAUACAGUUCGUCUGUGGAAUGUGGAGCGGGCAGAAGAAAUGGAGUGCUGCGACGUCAAACAGAACAUCGUGCACUUUGUGCAGUGGGUACCUCGGUUACACUGUGUGGCGCAAGGCGGAGAAGAUUUGACCCUGCGAUUGUGGGAUAUGCGAAUGAGCUUAUGUGGUGACGAAAUAGUGGGACUGAGACUCUCUUCCACGCUUAGUUGCAUGGACUAUCAUCCCAUAUGCUGUGAGUUGAUGCCGAAUGCUUCGGGAUGUACACUGUUGACUGGGCAUAACGGAUUUAAUGGCUAUGGAGCUUACAUAGUAGAGUGGGACUUGCGCAUGCAAAAACGUGUGCGAACCGUUUACGGUCACAAAGGUACCGUUCGGAGUAUCUCUAGGUGUAUUUUGCCAGAAACAUCAUCUUGUCAGCAGCAAUUCGUAAGCGGAGAUGAUGAUGGGGCCCUUGCCUUCUUUUCGACGGAUCCCAGCACUGGCGAAACAGAUGUUAACAUUGAACCAAGGAACAUCUGCACCCUUCCUGAAGGUGGCGUUACGUCUCUAGAUGCUUACACUGGCGGAGAUGUUUUGGCUUCCACGCGAGAUGGGACCGUUAUUGUUUUUUCGCCAAGAAGUCGGAAAGCAGGACUGAUGGUGCCUAUGGAGCCCUUCAGAUACUUUGGAAGUGAGGGUUUAUCACAAUAA